GGCACUGCAGGCCACCUUACGAUCCAGCGGUCACGCCCCCAAAAGUGGCAGACCUACUCUGGCGUGGAUCGCUCGAGGGAUCUCGGAGCAGCGCCCUUGAAUUGGAACAGCGCGAUGGAGCUCCUCGAGUCGCACUUCAUUGUUGACUACUUCGUUGACUUCCUGGAAACACGGUCAGAAUUUGACCGGCUGUGCAUUCAUUAGACUCAGUUCAUGCUUCUCAGGUUUUCUUAGUGCCCCUUUUGGUCAACCUACCUUCCCCGGCUCCUACCUCUUCCCCACUAGUGGGCCCACGCUGGCAGAUCUGGAAACUCCCAAGGAAGCUCAAGGACACCUGCAAGAUGCUGAAAGACGCUGGGUUGGAAGAGAGUGCUGUGAUCACUCUGAGGCUUUGUACGAGCUUGGUCUACAUCGGGGUGGUCGAACUGGGCCGCACCAUCAGCGAUAUCGCCGCGUUGAUGCUCAGAGAUGAGGACAAGGAACCGCAGGAGCUCUCGUGGUUGGAAGAGCGUGUGAUGUCAGCUGCCAAGAUGGCGGGUGCCCCGUGCUCCCUUCAGGCCACCGCGCGGGGCGACCCAGAGAUGGUGGUAGAGGAGCCCAACAGUCUCAAGGUGGACGUCUUCCUCGAGAGCCUUGAAAGUGCCUUCCGGACAGACCUCAAAGUGUAGCCCAUCCUGGCGCACGAGUGAGCGAGGGGUCGGGAGCGAGCAGCGAGCAAACAGCGAGUGAGCGAGCGGGCAGGGCAUGACACGGCGGCCGGCUGCAGAAAGGGCCCAAGCAAUUGUGGACCUUGAUGCCAAAGAUCCUAUGCCGCCGAAUCUAGCACAGACCGCCUUGGACAAGAGGCAAAAGAAACCGACGACGCGCGCGUGAGCAGCCGUUUCCUCGAAUCUGUACCCAUUGUUGUGCAACGAAAUAACAGAACGGCAGGGUGAUGUGUAUUUUCCCGUGUGGACGAAUCCUCUUCUGGAGAAGAUGAUAUGUUGAUAUUUUUCGUGGACAGCAACCUGGACAGCAAAUCCAAGAGAUUCUUUGGGAUAUACACAACAAAAACAGCGGUUCUUGACGUAUCAGGUCUCUUUCUCUCGUUUCGGGUCAUGGUGAGCCGUGGGGCCCAUGGGACUGGGACUGGACUGCUUUUCUCUUCAAAGUGACUGGCUGUUCUUUUUCCGCGAGGACGAAC